UCCGCUUCCCUGAGACAGAGCUGGGCUUCUUGGAUCGAGAGGCUCGGAAAUUUCUGACUCCUGGAUCGAAAAAAGAUUGCGCCUUCGUGCGGCGGCGGAGGCAGGGCGGGAGGUUUGGCCAGUUUGGGGGAGGAGAAAGCGAUGGUGAUGCUGCUUGGAAGCGCUCGUGAUUUGGUGUAGAGAAAAGAAAGGAAGAUUUCUUUCACAAAAAAAAAUCUGCUCCCUUCCUUCUCCGUUUACUGUAUUGCCUUCUAGCUCGUCAAGCAUGAACCUCUCGCCGUCGGCCGGUGGUGGCGGCGGCGGCCUUCCGGAUCAGCCGGCGUCGCCUGAAGUGUCAGAAGAGCACAAGUGCCUAAAUUCAGAGCUGUGGCAUGCUUGUGCCGGACCGCUUGUUUCGUUGCCUGCGGUUGGUAGUCGGGUGCUGUAUUUUCCUCAAGGUCAUAGUGAGCAGGUGUCUGCAUCAACAAAUAAGGAGAUGGAGUCCCAGAUCCCCAACUAUCCCAACCUGCCUCCACAGCUUAUAUGCCAACUACAUAAUGCGACCAUGCACGCUGAUGCAGAGACAGAUGAGGUCUAUGCACAGAUGACGCUACAGCCACUCAGCCCGCAAGAACUGAAGGACCCAUUUCUACCUGCUGAAUUGGGCUGUGCAAGCAAACAGCCAACAAAUUAUUUUUGCAAAACGUUAACUGCAAGCGACACAAGUACACAUGGUGGAUUCUCUGUUCCCCGCCGAGCAGCGGAGAAGGUGUUUCCUCCAUUGGAUUUCACUCAGCAGCCUCCAGUACAGGAAUUGGUGGCUAAAGAUCUUCAUGGCAAUGAGUGGAAAUUUCGCCAUAUUUUUCGAGGUCAACCAAAGCGGCAUCUUCUAACGACAGGUUGGAGCGUCUUUAUAAGUGCGAAGAGACUGGUCGCUGGAGACUCUGUUCUCUUUAUUUGGAAUGACAACAAUCAGCUGCUUCUAGGAAUUCGUCGAGCAAAUAGGCCACAAACUGUCAUGCCAUCAUCAGUAUUGUCUAGUGACAGCAUGCAUAUUGGUCUUCUCGCUGCAGCUGCUCAUGCUGCAUCUACAAAUAGCCGCUUCACUAUUUUCUAUAAUCCAAGAGCAAGCCCUACGGAGUUUGUUAUACCAUUGGCUAAGUAUGUAAAAGCAGUUUACCAUACUCGCAUAUCUGUGGGCAUGCGUUUCCGAAUGCUUUUUGAGACAGAAGAAUCCAGUGUUAGGCGAUACAUGGGAACAAUUACAGGAAUAAGCGACCUUGAUCCUGUUCGUUGGCAAAACUCACACUGGCGUUCUGUAAAGGUUGGAUGGGAUGAGUCAACUGCUGGAGAGAGGCAACCAAGGGUGUCUCUGUGGGAGAUUGAGCCUCUGACAACUUACCCAAUGUAUUCAUCUCCUUUUCCUAUGCGACUGAAGCGUCCGUGGCCAACAGGAUUGCCUUCCUUAUAUGGUACAAAUGACGAUUUUGGUGCAAACCCAGGUUUCCAAUCAUUCAACUUUGGUGGACUUGGUGCAAGUCCUUGGAUGCAGCCAAGGGUGGAUACUUCCCUACUUGGCCUGCAACCUGACAUGUACCAAGCAAUAUCAGCAGCAGGUUUUCAGAACAUGACGAAGCAAGUAUCGCCGACAUUAUUGCAGUUCCAGCAGCCUCAGAACAUUGCUGGUAGAUCUGCUCUUCUAUCUAGUCAGAUUCUGCAACAAGUACAGCCUCAGUAUCAGCAGAUGCACCACCAACACAUGAAUGAUAGUGCAAUCCAAGGCCAUAAUCAGUCUGAGUACCUCCAGCAACAGCUUCAGCGCUGCCAAUCAUUUAAUGGGCAGAACCCUCUGCCGCCGCCGCAGCAGCAGCAAGAAUCACACCAGCAGCAUCAGUCAUCACAGUGUGUGCAAACACCACAGCAUCAACAAAUGCAAGAACAGAAGCACUCGUCUGACUUUCAUUCGGGACCAAAUGCAUUAUCGGUCUUCUCUCAGUUUUCCUGUAACACUCAAUCUCCUCCUUCCACAUUGCAGCCAGUUUCAGAAUUCUCACCACAGCAAAACUUUCAGGACACAAAUAUAAGCUCUAUUUCUCCAUCGGAUAUCUCGUCCAUGCAGGACACGUUGAGACCAUUUCCUUCAGAAGCCGGUUCGAACCUCCAAGGUGUGCCAAGAGCCACCCCUUCACCUGUCUCUGACCCAUGGUCAUCUAAGCGGAUUGCGGUGGAGUCUGUGAUCCCUUCCCGGUCUCAUGCCAAUUCAUCGCACCUUGAACAGUUCGAUUCAGCCCCUUCUAGUAUACCACAAAGCUCUUCAUUAGCACCAUUGCCUGGAAGAGAGUGUUUGGUGGAUCAAGAUGGGAGUUCUGAUCAUCAAAAUCACCUCUUGUUUGGUGUUAAUAUAGACUCUCAGUCACUUUUGAUGGAAGGUGGCAUUCCAAGCAUGCAGGAUGACAAUGGUUGCAAUGCAAGCCUUCAGGAUGAAAAUGGUUCAAGCACGAUUCCAUAUUCUACCUGCAAUUUCCUGAGCCCUUCUCAAAGUGAUUUUCCCUUGAAUGAAGCAUUAACUAGUUCGGGCUGCUUAGAUGAAUCAGAAUAUGUGCCAUUUUCGGAAAAUUCUGAUAAUGUAAAUCGACUGCCUGCUACUUUCGUGAAGGUUUACAAAUCUGGAGCCUUUGGAAGGUUGCUUGACAUCACUAGAUUUAGCAGCUAUCAUGAACUUCGUAGUGAGGUAGGGUGCCUAUUUGGCCUUGAGAGCCAGUUGGAGGACCCUGUGAGAUCAGGCUGGCAGCUUGUAUUUGUUGACAGGGAGGAUGAUGUCCUUCUAGUUGGUGAUGACCCGUGGCAGGAAUUUGUGAACAGCGUAUCGUGCAUAAAGAUACUCUCUCCGCAGGAGGUACAGCAGAUGGGGAAGCAGGGCAUCGAGCUCUUGAGUUCAGCUCCUGCUAGGAGGCUCGGCAACAGUUGCGAUAACUACGGUAGCAGGCCAGAAUCGAGAAAGCUGGGCACUGUCGAGUUCUGAAGAUAGGAGCACCUGAACCUUAGGCUCUGGCCUGUUCUAUAUAUGUUCCUGCAGCUCGUCGUAGUUUUGUGAAGUGGAACUAAAGCACAUAGAUCAAGCGUAGUUCAAAGCUAUUCCACGUUCUGAUAAUUAUGCCACAUGAUAGACUUCUUUAGUAAGGAGUAGUUGCUACAUUUCGGUAUGCAUGUCAACACUUUGUUCUGUGGAAUACCCAUGCCUUUGAUGUAGGGCCUCUGAUAUUAGACUCUUCAACCUUGUUGCCUUGUGUGACUGGGACUCAACUUGUUUCGGUCCUAUCCUGUGUACUUACUACUUAUGAUGUUUUGGU